AUGGCCGAGACGGUGAUUCGAAAAGCUUGUGAUCGAUGUCACGCUCAGAAACUCAGCUGCAAACGAUACAACGACGAGCCGUGCGAGCGCUGCGUGAGACUCAAGACGGAGUGCAAGUCGAGUCCCUCUUUAAGGUAUAGAAAAAACCAACAGCAACAGCAGCAGCAACUCGCGGAAAACAGUAGCAACAAUAUUGGAAACAGCAACUCUUCUCAACCAGCACUCAACUCGGUCUCGUCGACUGAACGCCGCUCGCCGAAGCGACGACGGACGGACAUCCAGGACGAUGCAAGUCUUGUCUCACCCGACACGGGUACGUGCCCUUCUUUCUUUCUCUCUCCUCUCAUAUCACCCAGUCUCUCCUUUUUUCUUGUUGUCUCUGUCUUGGAUCCAACCGACUCACUUCACUGCCGAGAGGUAUGGAAAGUAGCAGUGCCAAUAGUACCCCAUACAGCCAGCCUGACGUCUAAGAGUCAUGUCCCUGUCUCACCCGAUCCCGUCGACAACUCGAGUUCCAGCGCCGCCGCUGCCGACUUUACCUUCACUUUUGACCAACAGCUGGCCUUCUUCACAAACAACCCUCAGUAUUUAUCUCAUCCCGAGUUCCCCAUCGACAAUCACCAUCAUCCUCCUGUCUUUUGGGAACAACCAACAACCACCACCACCACUCCUACACUCUUCCAACCAGAAGGGUCAGUAGUAGUAGCACCUCCUUAUCACCAUCAUCAAGUUGCACCAGAGGGUGACGCCCUACAAGUGCCUGUGCCCCUGACCAGCGUUGGUGAAAGCUGUGCACCUGAGCACAGCAUCUCCUCUGACAAGCGCGCGUCACGACCGCGGCGCACAACAACAAAGCAGAGGACUGGAUCCAGACCCAGACCGAGGCAGAUCACUCUCCGGCACGACGCUGACCUGUCGCCUCUGCAGCAUCCCGAGGCUCCCCCGAUUCACUGGAUGGCGCAGUUGUCUGACAUCAACGCCCGGCUUCUGGACCUGGCGUCCGCUCUACCUUCUCCCCAGGAUGGACCAUUCAUAGGGCGUCCUGUUGACGAGAGGUUCAGAGGCCAGGGUUUCCCCAUCGAGGACAUGUUCAAGCUGACCCGUCGAGUCGCCGACAUUCUCGAGAAGCCUUCCUCGAGCAACGAUAGCAACAAGAUGCAUCACUCCACCAUCAAUGGAAGUGAUCCAGGCAACGCCAUGUUCAUCUUAUCGACGUACGUUCGACUCUUGGACAUGUAUCAACGAGUGUUCAACCUCGUGCACACAGAGCUUCUAUCGCAGCCCGACCCGAACACGACGUUUAGCUUCUGGAAACUACCCGACGUGACGGUCGGUUCAUUCGCAGUCGAGUCGUCACCCUUUCUGCAGAUGUCUCUCACGAUUCAGCUGGCAGAGGAGUUUCUUUCUCGCCUCAGAGGCUCGACGGCGCGGUGGUCAGGGGCUGGGAUGGCAUCUUCUAUGUUCUCGGGGGUUGUGGAUGUUUCUUUCCAGGCGUUUCGCGAUCGGGAGGAGGCUUUGGCGAAGCACUUGGUUGAGUUGCGGAGCGAGAUAGAACCUUGGAUAGAUUCGUAA